AUGGGUUGGUUCGAUAACGACAGUGAGCAGGCUCGCCACUAUGAGCAGUUCAAUAACUACGACGGUAGUGAGGAGCACCAGUCCAAGUUCAGCCAUGAACUCAUUGCCGGUGCCGCUUCCUUCGAGGCCAUGAAGGCCUACAAUGACCACUGUGAAAAGAACGGCAAGCCCCAGAACCACGAGACCGCUAAGGAGCUCCUGGCCGGUUUCGCCGGUGCCUUCAUCGACCGCGAGGUCGAGACCAAGGGUCUUGACUUCGUUGACCGCGAGAAGGCCAAGUACCACGCCCGCCAGCAGCUCGACGAGGCCUCUUCUGGUGACUUCUACUAA